AUGGAGGGAAUACUUAGCUUGGACUACCAGGAGGAGAAUCAUGGUUCCAUUAUCAGAAGGCGACCAUACUCCAAAGAAAUUAUGGAAGCCAUUGAAUCUGUGACAUUCAUAGCUGAGCAUUUGAAAAAGGAAGACCGCGAUUCGUCACUUCCACGGAUCUGGAGACGGAAGUACCCG